CCUUCGUGAGUGUACCUACAAAUUGGUUGCUACAACAACCGCAGCCCCUAAAGUGUGUCUCUAAUUUGAUUUAAACGGAGCCGUUGUACUCUUGAGCCUGCGAGUUAGUGAGUAUGUGUCUCUAUUUGGCUGUUUUUGGAUCAAUGAGCUGCUCCAAGCUGAGGUUUCACUAUCUUUGGAUAUUAUAAAGGUGAAUCUGUGUGGUGCUGUGCCAACCUGAGCCUCGAGAGGGCGAUGUCUGACAGCAGCAACAGCACAGGCAGCACUGGCUCCUCCACCAACAGCUGGACCCUCCUCUCUCCUGAGGAGGCUGCCAUUGAAAAUGUUGGACCUGCAGACGACGGCACAGAGAGUCUGGGCGAUGCCCCCAGUCUCUCCGAGGAGGUGGCAGGAGCUGCAGUAGAGGAGAAACCAGCUGAGUUCCCAGUAGAAACUAUCUUGUCUGAAGAAGGCCAUCAGGUGUGUCAGGAAACUUCCCCAGAGUCUGGCGAGGGUCCGAUCCCUUCCAGCCCGUCCCGACUGAGCCCUCUCCCCUCCAACCCUCUGGAUACCUCGUACAUCGACACGGAGAGUCAGCCCCCGGUCAUCCACGACAUCGUGACCACCUCUCCCAGCGACAACGAGCCUCAGGGUGCCAUGCCUUUGGUCGGCAGCAUCGAUCUGGCCGCUCAGCUGGAAAUCCCAGCUGUUGAUAUUCUGCUAGCGGACCCCACCGAGUCUCCGCCUCACGUGACGGACGCCUCCGCCGCUGCCGAGGCUGCGCUCCACACGCCCACUGAUUCUGAACCGACGCAUGCGAGUGCUGUUGCCGGGAGUGACGUCUGGAGCUCUGAACCUGAGGUUAACGUUCCCACGGAGACCCUUACAGCCGCUGAGCCCCCGCCUCGUGUCGAGGCCGAGGUCAGCUUUGCUGCAGAGCCUCCCAGUCCGGUCCCAGAGCGACUGGAGACUGGAGGAAGUCCUGAGCCAGAGACGGUCGGCUCUGCUGAAGCAGAAGGCGACGUGGCUGAUGCUGAGAAAGAGGAAGAAAUGCCAUCCGAGUCACAGAAGGUGGAUAAAGAAGAAGAGGAAGAUCAGUCCAGCAGCAUGGAGAUGGGUGAAGUGAACGGCUUUGAUGAUGGACUAAGGCGGAGGAAUGUUCCCUCCUUUGAAGCACCAAGACCAAGAACCUCUGAUGAGGAGGACGAGGAAGAGGAGGUUGAGUUCAAGAUGGCGGCGAAAAAGGAGGACAAGCCGUGGUUCUCCAUGAACAAAUGCAUUGUGGGUGCUUUGGUCCUGCUCUUCUUAGGUUCCCUGUUUCUGUCAGGGGACAUUGACAGCCCUGAAUUGACUGACAACGACAAGGUCAAAGACCAAAUGCAGGACUGGCUUUGCAGUGAUCCACAGGAUAUGAAAGGGCUGCUGGAUGAAAUGACAGAGCAAAUCACUCAUCUGGAGACUAAAAUUCAGCUUAGGAAAGAACAACUUGAUUUGAAAAUGCAGGCGAUGGCUGAGAGUGACAACGAAGAGGACGGAGCUGCUCUGGACGAGACGAAGUUACAGCUGGAGGAGGAGCUGGCGACCCUGCCUAUGCUGAGCACAGAGCUGGAGAGUCUGCGGGCCCGAGUGAAUGAAUACAACCAGCUCGCAGGAAUGGCGUCGUCUGCUCCCACUUCAUCUUCUGAGUCUGAUGCCGAAGACGCUCAGGGCUCCCAGACAGCAGCCGGACCAGAGAGGAAGCAGGACACAAAGCUGGAGAAGGAGCUCCACUGUUUGAAGGAUCUGUUGGAAGACAUCAAGAAAAGACUGGGAGGGACGAGAAAGGACGAAGGGAAUGGCAAGCAGGUUUGGGAGAACGUAGAUGGGAUCCAGAAGCAGCUUUCCAAAAAGGUGGAGAGUUGGGAGAAGGCGAAGCCACAUGGGCCAAAAUGGAAAGGGAAGAAAGAGAAAAAACAGGAGCGGGACCACUGGAAGAAAGAGGAGAAGAAGGACAAGGAGUGGAAGCACAGCAAGGAAGAGAAGAAGGAAAAGGAAAACUCCCACAAAGAGUCCUGGAGGAAACACCAGGACGAGUGGCAGAGGAGGAAGGGCGAGCGCAGAAUGGACCGGGAGGAGAGGAGGAAGGAGAAGCCAUGGCACAGCCGGCCGGGGAAAAGCUCUCAUCAACCGGGAAAAAGCUCCCAUCAGCCACAUCACCAUCAGCACCACCACAACGACUUCUGGAGGGACCAGGAGCUCAAGCUGCACCGCAACGUCCGCCCCCAGCUGGGCUGCUCCUCCCUGGAGGACUGCGCCUCCAGGGAGGGUCUGUACCCGGUGGAGCUGGCUGAGUUCGAGGAGCUGCUGGAGGGCUACCUGAGCAAGCUGGAGGGCUCCUCCAACGAGAGCAAGGACAAGCUCCGCAAGGUCACCGCAGACUUCUUCGAGGACGGCGUCUUCAUCCACGACCGCGUGCGCUUCGGGGACUUCGCCGAGGACGUGGCGGACGUCCUGGAAGACAUGGUGGACGUCGUGGAGGGCAGCUACUCCCUCGAGGAGGAGAUGGAGGAGUUCGAGCGGGAGGCGCUGUGGAAGUUUGCCGCCACAGCUUAAAAGUCAAGAAGGAUUCAAAAGCAUUAAAAUCCAAGAACAGUU